AAAGGAAAAGGGACAUGACUCAUGAUCAGAACCAAAACAAACGUCAUAUUUAUUUUAUAGAAAUAUUUGAGGAAAAAACUAACAAAGAAAGGCAAUGUUUGCACAAGUUCCACCCAGUCACCAAGCAUCAUCAAACAACUCAGCUCUGUAUGAGGAGGUAAAGUUAUACAGAACAGCAAGGGAUAGAGAAAAGUAUGACAAUAUGGCAGAUUUAUAUGCUGUGAUCAACACACUGCAGAGUUUAGAAAAAGCUUACAUAAAAGAUGCUAUCCAGGCAAAAGAAUACACAGCUGCUUGUUCUAAACUGCUGGUACAGUACAAAAUUGCUUUUAAACAAGUACAGAGUGAAUUCAAAACAGUUGAAGAAUUCAUGAAAAAAUACAGGCUUGACUGUCCUGCAGCACUAGAAAGAAUAAAAGAAGAUCGACCAAUCACAAUUAAAGAUGACAAAGGCAAUACCAGUAGAUGCAUAGCAGAUAUUGUCUCAUUGUUUAUUACAGUCAUGGAUAAAUUAAGAUUAGAAAUCAGAGCUAUGGAUGAGAUACAUCCAGAUCUGAGAGAACUGAAUGAGACAAUGAACAGACUGAGCAUCCUGCCAGAAGACUUUGAGGGAAGAGAUAAAGUUAAAAAAUGGUUAGAUACAUUGAGUGGAAUGUCAGCACAUGAAGAGUUAGAUGAUGGACAAGUUAGACAGAUGUUAUUUGACUUGGACAGUGCAUAUAAUGCAUUCAACAGAAACUUACAUGAUCAUUAAUCUAUUCUCUUGUGUAAUAAUUAUUUAUCUGUAUGAUCUGUGAAGAAAAUAUUUUACCUUUCAGAAAAAAAGAAUUUCUCAAUAACUUUUACUCUGUUAACAUUUGUUGCAGCUGAAAUGUAUUAAAAUGUGAAUUGAUAAAUUAUAUCAUUGUGAUAUUUUUCUAUGUUUGUUUAAAAAGAAUACAUUUUGAUGUCACACAUAAUUACAACUGUGAUGUGAUAUAUUGACAUAUAUUGAUGUGUGAAAGUAUUUGAUUAAUCUUUACCUUUUUGUUUAUUUUAUCAGAGGAAGUAAUAAAAACUUUGAAAUUUAUUUUUUUAAUAUUGAACAGUGACUGGUUAGCGCUGACAAUUUUGAAACUAUGUACAAUGUCAUUAUUCAUAAAGUUAAAUCAGCUUUCAGUUUUGAUGAAUUUGUUUUAGCAGAGUUAUGAGACUUUAUUUCAUAAAAGAGGCUUUUUUUCUCCAAAAGUUGCACAAUUACUAGUUUUCAUUGGCCAGUUCUCUUAUUUUUUAACUCACUUGAUCCAAAUGGUCAUUUUGCAACUCUCAUCUGUCCUUGCAGCUAUUAAGUUAAUAUAUUUUAUAUAAUUGUAAACUGAAUUGUUACUGAUCACAUAUGAGUUAUGUUUUGACUGACCUACUUUUGACAUAAUUAUGAUCAUUGAACUCAUUCAAUUUAAUGAAAUGACAGUUUUUCAUCCAUCAUCUGCCAUCCUUGCAUAUUAUAUUAAUUGAUAAGUCACAUAUUACAGUGGAGUUUCAUUGUGGUUUACCAAAUUUUGAUAUUUAUAUAUUUAUCGAUUUGACUUAUGAAUUUUGUUGAAUGUUUCUUUCAAGCAGCAUUUAGUAUGAAAUACUAUAAACCAUUAAGAAUAUUAUUUCAUGAACUUCUCCUUUAAAACCCUGUAACGCUUCAAACAGACAUGAUACCUAGGUCCUUCAUUGCAAAAGUUAUGCUAUGAAUUAUAGAUUUUUUGGAGCCUCUAUUUUACACAGUUUCGUUUAUUUAAUGAUAAUUCAAACCACAAUAAUUUAUACAGUGAAAUUAUUUGUUAUUAAUAUAUUGUUAUGUAGAGAUUGUUAGAUAUACUUAUGUAAAUAUUUUGUGCAGUAUCAUGUGAGUUGUUUGAUCUUUCAACCUUGUGUCUGAAAUAAAAUAAAAUAAUAGAAAAUAUUUAAUUUCUGUUUACAGCAGAUAUUGUCUCCAAAUUUUGUGGAAAAAAAAUAAUAUAAUUCUUUUCAAAUUUCAAAGAUAAUUAGCUGGUGCGGAUCCAGGAUUUUAAAAGGGGAGGCCACCAGCAAAACAACUUUAUGAAUAGGACUUGUAAAAAUUCUGCAUUAAACAUAUAUGUAGAGCCAUAAGGAGUAGGCACCUAAAUCAGCAACUAAUUAGAACAUGUAGUGACUACAAAUGAAGUUUUGAGUUAAGAUUUCUGUUUUUAAUAAUAAUUUUCAUCAUGAUAGUGAUAAGAAAAGAAAUAGAAACAAUUGCCCCUUAUUAAGCACCUUACUUUCGAUUGGACAAAACUUGCUGCAACAAAAAAGAAAGAAAUGAAUUAUGGAGAACUGUAUAGUUUUUCAUUUUCUUUGUUGAUAGAGGACAGUAUAAAAUACUUUGUCAGCCGUUAGGAUUAGAAUUUUUUUUUAAAGUUUUGAAAAGUGCAGCCCUUGAUAAACAGAGAAACAGGCAAACUGUUUUUAUAAUUUUCAAAUAUUCUGAACUAACCAGAAAUAUUUUAGUUAUUGACAUUUGUGCUCAUAAAUCUCUUAGAAUAUUGUCUGUUUUUAAUGAUGUUUUGUAAUUGAAGCUGCUUGAUAAGGCCUUGUAUGGUCAAAACAAUUUUUAUUAUCUUCAAUGACUAGUUAUUGGAAUUUUGUUAGAAGUGUCUUAAAAAGAUUGAAAAAUUCCUGUAGAUUUUUAUUUCAGUUUGAAUCAGGCUAUAUAGUGGUUAUACUUCUUAUAAUCUCAUUACCACUGUUUUAAAACAUGUUGAUAUGUAAAAAAAAUGUCAACUUGAAUUGUUAUGUUUUAGAAAAAUUGUGACACACAUAUUUUAUAAUUUUCAUAUAAAACUUUUUGACAAAUAAGUUUUUUUUGUGUUUUUCCAAAAGAAACUUUGGAAAAGCUAAUGAUAUUUAUAUUAAUGAAAUCACUGUCAUAAAAUUAUUCAAUAAAACAACAUUGUAAUUUGA